AUGUUUAAUAAUUUUAUGUUGGCAAAACUGUCUUCCGAGGACGUGACGUCAUCGUUGGCUCUUUUCCAUCUUGGUUUUACUAAACACAAGAGCGCAUUCUGUGCCGAAUCCGCUAAAAAUGGUGAAUAAGAAGCCAACUAAGAAGAAGGUGUCGGGCAAAAAAGUUGCCGCUGCCCCUUUGGCCGUGAAAAAAGUUGAGGUUAAGAAAGUGGUCAAUCCGCUGUUUGAGAAACGCGUCAAGAACUUUGGAAUCGGUCAGAAUGUACAACCGAAGCGCGAUCUCUCCCGUUUCGUGCGUUGGCCGAAAUACAUUCGCAUCCAGCGUCACAAGGCGGUACUGCAGAAGCGAUUGAAGAUUCCGCCGCCAAUCAACCAAUUUUCGCAGGCUCUGGACAAGCACACGGCUCAGCAGCUGUUUAAGCUGCUGGAAAAAUACCGUCCGGAGAACCCGAUCGCCAAAAUUCAGCGACUGAAGGCUAAGGCUGAAGCUAAGGCCGCCGGCAAACCGGAACCACCGACCAAGAAGACCAACCAAUUGCGUCAGGGGGCAAACACCGUUGUUAAGCUAGUGGAACAGAAGAAGGCUCAGCUGGUUGUUAUUGCUCAUGACGUUGAUCCAAUUGAGAUGGUUAUCUAUCUGCCUGCUCUAUGCCGCAAGAUGGGUAUCCCGUACUGUAUCAUCAAGAGCAAGUCACGGCUAGGAACACUUGUCUAUCGUAAGACCUGUACCUGUGUGGCGCUGACUCAGGUUGAUAACUCGGAUCGGGCUAACUUAAGCAAAUUAGUUGAGACUAUCAAGACCAACUUCAACGAUCGCUACGAGGAGAUCCGCAAGCACUGGGGAGGUGGUCUGCUCGGCCCCAAGAGUAUGGCUCGCAUUGCCAAGCUCGAAAAGGCGAAGGCGCGUGAACUGACCCAGAAAACGCUUUAAGGUGUAUGUGUCAGUUCUGUUAUGCAUUAGGUGUAUAAUCUUGUGUGAGGUUGCAUACUCUGACUAGGAAAGAUGCAGCUGAAGGAGAAAAUAAUAAAUCGUCGGAAGAAUGAGCAAA